GCGCGAGUCGAGCGCGGACCAGCAACCGGACUAAAAUCAGAUUCCGCGUGCCCUCCGGAGCGAUAGCUAGUGCAUAGGUGAUGCUCUCGGUCAGUCGUUGUCAUGCCUUCCGCGCUACUCGUGUUGGUGGUGCUGGUCUUCUUUCCACUAGUGCACGGGAGGCACGUGAGGAACACAGAGUCGAACGGCAUAUCAGUUCUAGGAGAAUUUAAUCACGAGGCCUUCCCGCGCUUCGCCGAGCCCAUCCCUAACGUAACGGUGACUGUGGGCCGGGACGCCCUUCUGGCUUGCGUGGUCGACAACCUGCGAGCAUUCAAGGUAGCUUGGGUCAGAGUGGACACUCAGACAAUUCUAUCUAUCCACCACAAUGUCAUCACGCAAAACCCGAGGAUAUCGUUAAGCUACAACGAUCAUCGAUCGUGGUUUUUGCAUAUCCGAAACGUGCAAGAAUCUGAUCGAGGUUGGUACAUGUGUCAAGUCAACACCGACCCAAUGCGGAGCCGGCAAGGCUAUCUCCAAGUGGUGGUGCCUCCCAGUAUCGUGGACCGCGAAACCAGCUCCGAUAUGGUGGUGCUGGAGUCGACAAAUGUCAGUCUGACCUGCAAAGCGACGGGGUACCCGGAGCCGUAUGUCAUGUGGCGGAGGGAAGACGGAGAAGACAUCCGAUACAAUGGAGAAAACGUGAACGUCGUCGAUGGAGAGGUAUUAUUUAUUACUAAAGUUAGCCGGCUUCACAUGGCCGUCUAUUUGUGUAUCGCCUCAAACGGCGUUCCCCCAUCUAUAAGCAAGAGGGUUCAGUUGAAAGUACAAUUUCCUCCGAUGCUAUCGAUUCCGAAUCAAUUGGAGGGAGCUUACAUAGGGCAAGAUGUCACUCUCGAGUGCCGCACUGAGGCAUUUCCGACGUCCAUCAACUACUGGACUACGGAAAGAGGAGACAUGAUAAUCUCAGGUAGUGAUAAGUACGAAGCAGUAUCUAUGGAUAAUGGCUAUAAAAAAUACAUGAUGUUGAAAAUUCGACGAGUCAACAAAUCAGAUUUCGGCUCCUACAAGUGCGUUGCCAAGAAUUCCCUCGGGGAGACUGACGGCGUGAUAAAACUGGAAGAAAUUCCAGCACCGACAACACUGAAAACAACAACCCAGUUUCCGUCAUUACCCACGAAAAAGAAAGGUAAAACUCGGGCUGGAGAUAGAUUCGGACGCGGAGAAGCUAACAACCGGGUCAAUUCACCUCCCCACUUUGACGAUGCCGGAAUGUCAGAAUACGACGAUGACGGAGAGUUCACUUUGUCGUCGAACGGCUCUCCGCCGAUUCAGGAGCCUCCGGGAGCUUUCAGCGGUGCAACGCGCACUGAAAACUUUAACUGGUGUAUCGGUGGUGUUCUCGCGAUGACAUGGAUAUUCAGUAAAACCCUGAGGUGAUCCGAUAUAUCCAAUUAAAAACUACACGGAGAAGAUUCGUGGUGAUAAAAACAUAUCCAGUGCGAGAGACUGAGUUGUAAAUAUGUACAAACAGUGCUGAAGUUAGAUAAUAACAAAGUUGUGUAUACAAUUGCUGCGCUACAGUGUAUAUUAGAAACUGCCUAAAUUUGAAUAGUGCGUGAUAUUACAAUACAUGUAUGUAGCAUAGUGUCAAACGAAUCAAUAAAGUUUAAAUAACAUUC